AAUAUUUAAAGUUGCAAGGUAAAUUUGUAACAUCAGUCUUAUUUCUCAAAUGGACAGUACUUUGGCUCAGUGUCCGUUGUUUAAUGUAAUUUAUAAAUAAUGGUGACUUGACCUGAUUCAAAAACAGAAUACAAGAAUGUUCCAAAGUCAUGUCCAGUAAAUGUGCAUAUUGGUAGAAGUGAUGCUGUGAUUAGGAAGACUGUUGUCUACUAUAGUAGAUACAGUCUAUAUUGCUGCUCUCCUUUAGCACAAAACAGUAUCAGAUCAUUGUCAUCAGACCUACAUUAUACCCAGAUUGGCACAUUGAGCUAUUUGCAGAAAGACUCAUAACAGCAGCACCAUACCACAGUUAUGAACAAAGUAACUAAGCUAGACUUGCCUUUUCAGCAGGGGAUAAAUAAACUUCAAUAUUUAAAGCACAUGCAUCUGUCUCCCCCAAUCAAAACAUAUUAAAGAGGCUACUAUCCCAAACAGCAGAGGACAAACAGACCUCUAUGUUGACUUAGCAGGGAAAACAUUAAAUGAAAAAAUCUGAUCUAUGGGAGAAUUAGCACUUUAAAGUGAUACAGGAUACCUGAGAGCACUGUUGGAUUCUAGAUCAUCAUAAUUUGAACUAUUAUCUGAUGCCUGGAAUGUGUUUUCCUGCACAUAAACUCAUUUGCACCAUAAACCAAUGUAGACAAAGCACAAUGGUGCUUAAAAAAAAUCACCAGAAAUCAGAAAAUGUAAGAGUCUGGUGCUCAAGAAGGAUCCCAGGAUACAACACAUAAUGCAACCCUCCAAUCCCCAAUCUAAACUUAAGGCCAUGACAGGUUUAUAAAUGUUACAGGAUCAGUUUUAAUAGUGUAAAACAAUAUUUAUUCGAGACUUAUAAAAACAAGACAAAUUUUAAGUGAAAACUGGCAAGCUUAUUGGAGUGAAAUCUACUAUUUAUAUACUAAUAUAUAAGCCAAAUGUCCCAUCGAGGCUUUCAUCUUUUGUUACAUUCCUACCAACAUGGGGGCGCAGGUGUGUUAUUUUGGCGGUGCAGACCAGAAGCAGUGUGUUCACCCCGGAUGCUUUGACACUGGUGGUCGGAGGCUUUCAGACACAGAACAAUGGACCGUGCAGAGGAGCAAGGCAGGGGAGACAGGGGUGAGGAGCCAGCGGUGGCGGGGCGGGGAGCAGCUGAGACAACCACCUCAGGCUGCUGUAAACUGGACGGACUGACACGGAGCAGAUAGCCUGGAAUAUUAUUCACAGGUGCAACACAUUGUGGCUCAUAACUUGUGUUGACCAAUCAGCAUCUAGUGAACUUUUAUAAGAGCCAAUCAUCUCCUGGUCUGAGGAAGCGUUGGCCAAUCAGCAGCCAGAAUCAUAACGCGUAGUUGUGCGCCCAUUUAGCUGUCACCGGGUCACGAAAGAGCGGAAAAUUAACAGCAUAUCGAUCAAUAGUUAUAUUAUCAAAUGCGAAAAUGGUAAGAAGAAGCUCACCUUUGGACAGUCCUGAGGAGCUGGAUGACUUCUCAGACUCUGGCAGUGACUAUGAGGCCACGCUGAAAGCCUCAAAGCGACGAAAACGACCAGUACCUGGGCCUUUGCUACCCAAGAGACCCAGGCGUAAUGCUGCACGGAGGGUGACGUCCAGCCCCAGUAACAACCCCAUCCCCACUCCUCCUCCUGACCCCUCCCUGCAGCAGCAGCCGUCCUCCCAGGAGACACCCAGGCAGGUCUCUCUUAGACCUGGGAGAAGCGUGGAUGAGGGGAAGCAGGGUAUCAGUGCAAAGGACAUCUAUGAUGCUAUCUGCUCUGGAAAGAGUGCCAUGGUGACCGUGGUGGACGAGUGGCUGGACAGCUACAAGCAGAGUCGAGAGGCGGGACUGCUGGUGCUCAUCAACUUCAUCGUUCAGUCCUGUGGAUGCAAAGGCGUGGUUACCCAAGAGAUGUUUGGCAGCAUGGAGAAUGCUGAAAUUAUCAGCUCACUGACCAAAGAGUUCGAUGAGGAUUCGGUGAACUACCCUCUAUGCACUCCAGUUCCACAGCUGAAGCAUUUCAAAGCCAGCCUGUGUGAAUUUGCUCGAGUUCUGGUGCGCUCCUGUCAGAAUAGUCUCAUUUAUGAUGAAUAUCUCUUCCCUUCCCUGCUGUCUCUGCUCACCGGCCUGUCAGACUCCCAGGUCCGAGCCUUCAGACACACCAGCACCCUGCUUGCCAUGAAGCUGAUGACGGGGUUUGUGGACAUCGUCGUGGUAGUGUCUGUUCAGCUGCAGACCACCCAGCGCCGAUACGACGUGGAGAACAGCAAGAGGGAGCAUGACAGAGCCUCUGACAGACUGGAGGAGCUGCAGGCCACCGUCAGUGAGUGUAUCGAGAACAAAGAGGAGCUGUCCUCCAUGAUGAAUAGCAUCUUCCGUGGUGUGUUUGUGCAUCGAUACCGCGACCGUCUGCCUGAGAUCCGGGCAGUGUGUAUUGAGGAGUUGGGCAUUUGGCUGAAAACGGACCCUGAGGACUUCCUAAAUGAUGGGUGUCUUAAGUAUCUGGGAUGGAACCUGCAUGACAAACAAGGUCCAGUACGUCUGCAGUGUGUACGUACCCUGCAGGGUCUGUACCAGGAGAAGGAAUUCAUUGGCCGCCUGGAGCUUUUCACCAGCAGAUUUAAAGAAAGGAUUCUCAGCAUGGUGCUGGACAAGGACCCAGACGUGGCAGUGGAAGUGGUCAAUCUGUGUCUGCUGAUGCAACAGAAGACAGAGGAAGGCCUGGCUGAGGACGAGUGCGGCCACAUCUAUCCUUUGGUUUAUGCUUCACAUCGAGCUCUGGCGUCUGCAGCCGGCGUCUUCCUCUACAACAAGCUGAAAAGUGUGAUUGGCAGUGACAACCAGGAGGAUAAUAAAAGCAACAAUGCAGCCUUUUUGCAAGUCGUCAUCUCCUUCUAUAUCCAGAGUGAGUUCCAUGAGCAUGGAGCGUACCUGGUGGACAGUCUGUGGGGUGUGGCAGGAUCUGAGCUGAGAGACUGGGAGACUAUGACAGCUUUCCUGCUACAGGACGCUGGGCUGAUGUACGAGGAGGAGGGGCCGCUCAUAGAGCUGAUGAUGUGUGCCAUCAAACAGGCUGCACAGGCAACCCCACCUGUUGGGAGAACUCAGGGCAAAAAGAUCCUGAGCAUGAAGGAUAAGAAGAUCCAGGAACAAGACAGGAGACGCAUCACCGCGCACUUCAUCCCCUUACUGCCGCAGCUGCUGGCCAAGUACUCAGCAGAUGCAGGGAAGGUGAGCCUCCUUCUCAAAGCUCCCCUCUAUUUCGAGCUGGAGAUGUACAGCAGCGCUCAGUGGCUGGAAAAGCAUCUGGACCUGCUGCUGUCCCAGAUAUGUGGCAUUGUGGAGAAGCACACAGAGCUCACUGUGUUGGAGGCUUGUGCCCACCUGGUGACCACUCUCUGCUCCGAGUCUUACACCUUCUCCUCACGUGCACACGUGGCAUUCAGCCAGCUGCUCGAUGGCCUGACGGAGUGUUUCAGCAGCUACUUAAGUGACCUGCUGCAGGGUACCGCUGAUGAUGAUGACACAUACAGCGCAGCCACUGCCUUGAAAAGGAUUGCUGCCUUGAGCAGUGCAAAGGACCCGACUGGCCGGAAGCUGUUUGACUCCUGUCUUGAGUUGUUGGAGAGCGGGAUUAAGUCCAUAGCUCCUGAGAAAGAGCUCUUGGUCUCAGCUCUGAAGUGUGCAGGCCUUCACCUGAUGUGGGCCAAAGUAAACGCGGUCAACUCUAAGCCAGCUAAGUUGGAACUGAUGCGUCUGAACAAGGAAGUGCGUUCGUUCUGCCAAGUCUGUCAGACAUGUUUGUCUGUGAACCAAACUGAGAUCAGAGAUCAGGCAUUUGAGGUGUUGUGUGACUUGCUGCUGCUGUACAGUGAGAGUUCAGUCCGCUCUAAACCUGCCCUCCAAGCACUGGUCCACCUGCCAUCUGAUUCUCUGCGCUCUGAGCUGGCCGCUUUCCUUCUGGACUACAUCUUCAUCGACGCUGAAGAUACCGAGCUCGAGGCCAAGAAAAAAGAGGAGACAGAGAUAAGUCUUCUCCAGAGGAAGCGCAACCAGCUGGCUGGCUACUGUAAACUGAUCAUCUACGGGGUGCUGGACCUCACUGCUGCCACCGAUGUCUUCAAGCACUACAGCAAGUACUUUAAAGACUUUGGGGACAUCAUUAAAGAGACUGUGAGCAAGAGCAAGCUCAUCGACCCCAUACUGAGCGCCGAGACUGUCUGUCUGUGUCUGCAGCAGCUGUUUUCAGAGAUGCUUACAGACAACCGCAGCAGGGAGGACCUCCCUGAGAUUAGAGACUUGGCCAAGAGGCUUGCCAUGAGCUUUGGCAUCAAUCUGCAUCGUGUCCGCAAACCACUGUUGGCCCUACACAUGAAUGGUAUAUGUUUUGCAUUUCGGGACUCGCCAGAGGGAGAGGAGCAGCAUCUAAAUGUGGACUUCUUGGAGAUCCUCAGCGAGUUCAGUUUCAAGUUGCUGCAACAGGACCGCACCCAACUAGCUGAUUUUCUGAAGUCCCGGUGUCCCAGUGCUGCCCUCUCCUGGCCCUCAGUCAGACUGUAUCAGCAUUCUUUGGUGGCUCGCUCCACCUCCAAACCCAGAGAGCAGGAGGAGGGAGGUGAUGUCGUGUCCUCAUACCGUUCUCCUGUAGCCAAACGCAAGAGGACCGCUGCUACAGGUUCAGUGUCCAGCACUGCCAAAGGAUCCUGGUUGACCAGCAUCAGUAUCCACAGCAACCUGCCCAGUCCGGCCUUCACCUCCACUGUCCAGAAACAGCCAACCAAGCAGCCGGUCUCCAGGAAACCCAGAGCCACGGAGUCUGAUGUCGGUACUGGCAUAAGUGAGCUGGAGUCAGAGGAUGAGUUCUCCUCAGUUUCACGGAUGCGAAAGGUGAAACCCACCAAGCGACGCAUGUCUACAUUCACUAAACCAACUUUAGACCAGCAAGACCUGAACUCCCACCUCAACUUGCUUUCUCUGAUAGAGGACGGCAAUGGAGAGAGAGAGGAGGCUGAGAUUGAAGAUUACGAAAGUGACUCUGACCCUGCAUAUACACUGCCUUCCACACGUCACACCUCAGCCAGCUUCCUCGAUGAGCUCUUUGACUGAGGUCAGCUCUGCAUCAUUUCUUCAACGUUUCGACAUUUCCGGGGGUUUCAGUAUUCAAGUGUGAUAAGUAUUAGAGUUGGUUGUUCCUCUGAAUGACCUUCUACUGAGUUCACUUAUGAGGUCUGUUUCAGUUUGUUACUUUGUUGGACGAUUAUGAAGUCUGGAGACAAAAGCCAUUCUAACACAACAUCAGGGAAGUUCAUGUUUUGUUAAUUUUUAAAUUGCCAGAUGUUCAAAAUAAAUGUUAAAGUUUAGAUAGAUCCCUGUAGGCUAAUAGCAAGCUGAAAGUCUCCUGUGUUCCACAUUUUGGAUUUCAUUCUUUGCACUAUUGUUAACAGCCCCUUUUGAUUUUGAUGAACACUUGUUAAUUGAAUGUUUAUUAAAGGAUGUUUAAUUGGACAAAAAAUACAAAGUGUUUUUAAUUA